AUGUCGGAAAACGGUUUCAGAACGCUGGAGACGGCGCACCCCAUCCUGCAGACGAUGGCGGGGACACUGUUCACAUGGGGCAUGACAGCGGCAGGGGCUGCCUUGGUCUUUGUCUUCAAUAGCACACAGAGAAAAGUCUUGGAUGGCAGUCUUGGAUUUGCUGCCGGGGUGAUGUUAGCUGCCUCAUAUUGGUCCCUUUUAGCCCCAGCGUUAGAGAUGGCCGAAUCCUCGGGCGCAUACGGCAGCUCAGGGCAGUGGGCAUUCAUUCCUGUGGCAGUAGGGUUCAUCCUGGGUGCCUUGUUCGUGUAUGCUGCCGAUCUUUUUCUUCCACACUGUGGUAGUCUCAUUAGUGAUGAAGACGGUUAUAGCGCUUUAUUUAUUUCUGGAAACGACCACCUUAAAAGUGGGGACUCAGAAACUGCCAUUACAGUGACAGUGGCAGAUGAGUUAUUUUAUCAGAAUCCUCAGAGCACAUCCGUGUUACGGACAAAUUCGGAGCCUGCCCGACAGAGACGCAAGUUGGGGCAGGCUGCUUCGGACAACUCUUUAGGGGUCAAUGGACAGACUACCCAGAGCGCCCCUGGCAGGUUGGAGGUUGGCCGAGUUAUAAACUGGAGACGGAUACUGUUACUAAUUAUAGCCAUUACAAUUCACAACAUUCCAGAGGGACUUGCAGUUGGUGUGGGCUUUGGAGCUAUAGGAAAAACAAAGGCUGCAACUUUUGAAAAUGCCAGAAAUCUGGCUUUCGGGAUGGGCAUACAAAACUUCCCAGAAGGCUUAGCUGUGAGUCUUCCUCUCAGAGGCUCAGGAAUGUCAGCGCUGAAGAGUUUUUGGUAUGGUCAGCUAAGUGGGAUGGUGGAACCCAUAGCCGGUAUACUGGGUGCUGUGUGUGUUUCCAUUUGUGAACCAAUUCUGCCUUAUGCCUUAGCCUUUGCAGCGGGUGCCAUGGUAUAUGUUGUAGUUGAUGACAUCAUUCCUGAAGCACAAACUGGUGGCAACCGAUUACUGGCUUCCUGGGGAGCAAUAGUAGGAUUUAUAGUCAUGAUGUCCUUGGAUGUAGGCCUUGGUUGA